AUGGUGGGAAAAGUUGCAUGGUUGCAAGGAGUGCAGAAAAAUGACAAGAUAGUGAAUGACACAGAUAUCCUAGCCCUAGUUGUCUCGCUUUUUCUAUUCUUCUCAACACCUCGCCUCCUCCGACCUCUCUCAUCGACGCACAGCAGCGAUAUCACCUCCAGCUGCGUGUUCCCUCCCCGCCAUAACAGUCGACGGCGUCUUCUUCUUCGGCGACAGCUCCGACGCAGCGCCACAGCACUCCGACUCCACCUCAACAGCAGCGAUUUCUGCAGCUCCACCUCCGACAGCAACGAUUUCUGCAGAAAUGGAAGAAAAGAAGGAUAUAAUUAGUUGGAAGGUUGAAGGUGUAGAGAAAACGUUUCUAGAAACUUGUUUACAUGAUGUUACAAUCAAUGGACGGGAAGGGAGUAGUUUGAAAGCACUAUCUUGGAAGCGUUAUUUAUGACGUUCGAGGAGAACAAUGGUCAAGCACAAGAGGGAGAGAAUGAUGGCCAAAACGUACACGAUAUGGAAUGGGGUUCACAAGGCAAUGAAUACAUGGAUAAUUUGUGCGACCAGAUUGUGAAUCAAUUGGGGUCAAAUUAAAUUUGUAGGAUUUUAUUUGGAUUUUAAUAUGAUUUUGUGGAUUUAAAAAUAUUUAUGUUUGAUUUGGGUUUG